GAAUGGAUAUAUUUGUAGAUGAGGCUAGUAAAAAUUCACGUUAUGAAAAAGUUUGUUACCUUGGUGAAGGUCAAUUCGCUAAUGUAUUUCUUGCACAAGAUAACAAUAGAAAUGGACAGUUAGUUGCAAUUAAAAAGACUUGAAGCUAUUGAUCGAACCUACAGCUGUAUCACGAAUUCAAAUGUCUGUUUGUAGGGAUUUGAUUGGUUACAGGAUUUCAUCAUCAGCUAACAUUGGUUAUAUCAGGUGGUUGGCUGAAUGGGCAACUAACUUGGUCUCGAUUUCAGUUGAAGUUAUGGAUUUUGAGUGCUGAAGAGUCCUGAAAUAGGACGAAUUAACUGUCUAGUGCUUCAUGGUUUUUAUUGGUUGCUAACCAACGUUGGCUCGUGACGAAAUCUACACGCAAAAAGGAAGAGUUUGUUAUUUCGUCAAAAAGCAGGGAUGGUGAAGCUUGGUCAAAGCAGGUCCUCGUUGGGUAUUGGCUGAUGGUAUGAAUUUAUCAGCUAUACGUGAAAUUAAAAUACUCAAAGAAAUGGAUCAUCCAAAUGUUCUCAGCCUACUUGAUGUUUUCAGUCAAGAUAGAUGUAUAUGCUUAGUGUUUGAUUUUAUGUCAUCCGAUUUAGAGGCAUUAGUUCACGAUCCAACAGUCAUUUUAAUACCAGCACAUGUCAAGGCUUUAAGUUUACAGCUUCUUCGUGGCGUAGAAUAUUUACAUUCUAAUUGGAUACUUCAUCGAGAUUUGAAACCGAAUAAUCUAUUUCUUAGUUCACAGGGUAAAGUGAAAAUAGGCGAUUUUGGUUUAGCUCGUCAAUAUGCUAAUUCACCAAGACGACCAAUGACACAUCAAGUAGCCACGCGUUGGUAUCGUGCUCCUGAAUUGUUUUAUGGUUGUACAUCUUAUGGUGUUGGUAUUGAUAUAUGGGCAGUUGGUUGUAUUAUAGCUGAAUUUUUACUCAGAACUCCAUUAUUCCCAGGUGAAUGUGAUUUAACUCAGUUAGCAAAAAUUUAUGAAAUAACUGGAACCCCUGACGAUGAUUGUUGGCCUGAUGUCAAUCGUUUACCAAAUUAUGUAAAAUUUGAAACACGACGAGGUAUACCCUUCUCACAGAUAUUCACAGCGGCUAGUACAGAAUUAAUAAGUUUACUAGAGACAUUAUUACAUUUAAAUCCAGAUUGUCGAGGAACUGCAUCCACUGCCUUGAAAUCACCUUAUUUUACAUCGAAACCAUAUCCUACACCAGAAAGUGAAUUACCUCAGCCUAAAGUGAAUCGAACUGUCGCCACUCUGUUAUAUCAACAUGAACAUCAACGUGGACUAUAUAAUCCAAUUGAUCCAGGUUUAGCGAAAUCAUCUCCACCAUCCAAUAAAAAGAUACCUAGUCCGAGUUUAGAUUCAAUGGAUGAAAAUACACCAUUUUUAAAGAAACGUAAAAUGACUGCUUCUGUAAGGGAAGCUGAAUUCAAUAGUCCAUCAAUGCCUGCUAAACGUAUGCAUUUGUAAAAAAUAUAUAUAUUUUGAUUUGUUCUUUUUACUGUAUCAUGUAUAGGAUGACUUUAAACACCACCCUAGGCCCCCCAUCUCCCUCCAACCUCUCCUGACAGUAACCUUCUACUACCUACCCAAAGGUUUCUUGUACAUUAUUCAGUUUAUUGUAAUUCAAAAAAAUUGACAAAUGAAUAAAAUGCUUCUUCUAA